UCAAAUAUAAACUUGUCUUGUUCCAUCCUUGAGCUUCAGUUUUUCUGCAAAACUUCUUCAAUGGCAUUGCCAGUGAGGAGCAGAUUGAGGGUCUAUGCCUUAACUCUUGCAUGUCUAUCUGUUUUCUGCUGCAACUUUGGAACGGCCGACGGGCAAGUGACUCCGGUUGGAGGUGGCGGUGGAUUUAAUCAGCCAGGCGGCGGGAUAGGAGGUGGAUUUAAUCAGCCGGGCGGCGGGAUAGGAGGAAUCGGUGGUUUCAAUCCAUCAGGAGGUGGAGCAGGAGGGGGAGCAGGAGGCGGAGUAGGAGGUGGAGGAGGAGGCGGAGUAGGAGGUGGAGCAGGAGGCGGAGCAGGAGGGGGAGCAGGAGGUGCCGGGGGUGGUUUUAAUCCAUCGGGAGGCGGCGCAGGAGGGACCGGUGGAGGCGGGGCAGGAGGGUUUGAAACACCUGAAAUCGUUGCCAAAGCUUUGCUUUGCUUCGAUGACAAAUAUAUCUAUCAGAGCUGCGAGGAAUCCUAUAGGUUGGAUCACAGUGGAGAUCUCCAUGUCCCUCCCGAAUACACCGAUGAGUUUUGUAACGGACCGUGCUUGAGCGAAACGAACUUGGUGCUCACAUGCAUCGACGGGAUCGUGUCAAACUUCAUAUUUGACAACCACGCGACGAUAAAGGACAUCCAAGAUACGAUCCAUGAAGGAUGCAGCCAUGGAUCUCAAAGAGGUGACUUCAAUGUGGCCGAGCACAUUCAAGCCGGAGGAGAUGGUGCACCUAAGGAUUCCAAGCAGGCCAUCUUCUCCAUCAUGAUGGUGGCUAUGGGGUGGUUGCUUCUUCUCUGUUAGUACAAGAUGAUGUGCCUUAAAAGAGAGUUUUUUAUUUAGUUUUGAUAUGGACACAGAGUAUAUGAACGGUGUAUUGGAAUAAAGCAUACUUAGUACUUUAGCCAUGAUGUGAGGCAAUGUAUAUGAUAUGAUGCACGAGGAUUAGUGUAAGGGCACAGAUCAGCUUAGUGCCAACAGCAGCCAUUGGUCGCCACCUGUCCACGUGUCGCUCGUCUAAUUGUUCUUCCAUUCUGUAUUUGUGCGUUCUAUCUCGUCUUAUUUCUUUUGUCUGUCAAAUAGUAAAUGAAUCAGAAAAGUCUACUCGUUCACUA